AUGGAAAACGAAGGUCAGAUCACCUUGCUGAAUGAUAUCGAUGCUCUUAGCACAAACUACACUAUCAAGGUUAAAAUUGUUAGUUUGUGGAGGAAGAAGAUGAGAGCUAAUGAAAGAGAGAUGUAUCGUAUAGAUAUGAUACUGAUGGAUGAAAUGGGUACCAAGAUUCAAGCAUCUUGCUUGCAUAAGCUAUUUUCAAAGUUUGAGAGGCAUCUUAUUGUUGGUGAAUGCCUUAUCAUAAAACGGCCUUCUCUUGCUGCGAACACUACAUUUUUCAAGAUUGUUCCUAACAAUCAGAAGUUAUCUUUUUACUACCAUACGUUUGUGGAAAAGUGCAAAAAAUGGGAGGAUUUCAUUGGUUAUGUUUGUGUUUGUUAUAACAUCGAGGAAACGAACAAAAAGGAUGGUAGUAAAGGGAAACGCCUUAAUCUUAAGCUUCAAGAUCUUGAAGAUGUUCAGAUCGAUUUAACUCUUUGGGAUGAUUACGCUAAGGACAUGUAUUCUUACAUGGUUAGUGAAAAGCGUGAAGCACAUGUUGUCGUUGUUGUCCAUUUUGGUGCUGUUAAGACAUACAAAGGUAAAUGGGGUUUUUCUAAUAACUUUGAUGGUUCACGACUUUUCAUUAACGACAACUUUGAUGACAUGCUAUUGUUUAAGCAAAAGUUUCUAGCAAAACUUGCUGCUUCAACUGAGUCAAGUAGCCAUGCUGGGUCAUAUAUCAUGUGUUCUGUCGAAGAUGAAUUUUUAAAGAACGAUCCAAAGAAAGUUGUUGUUGUUGGAACUAUCGUUGCAAUUGUUUCAGAUAAGAUGUGUGAUGUUAAAGAUGAGAAGUUGUAUCAAUGUUCUAACAAGUAUUGUAAUGAUAAAGAAGUUUUCCCGUUGUCCAGGUUUAAAAUACCGGUUCGUGUUCAAGAUUCAACCGGUACGGUGACACUUACAUUGUUUGAUCAUGAGGCGUUGAAGUUUGUUGGUAAAACUGCAAAGGAACUUAUAGAGAUUCAGGACGAGUGUGUUUUCGUGAUUAAAGUAACUGACUUUAAUAUUGUCAAUGCUGUCGAGAAUUAUGGAAUCUCAGUUGUUACCACUGAUGAAGACAUCUUGGAUAAGCUGAACAAAAAAUUCAAAAUUGACCAACUUGAUGUAUCUGAUUCUUUUGGUAUGACUCAGUCUGAGUUCCAAGCUGUUGGUGGUGAAAGUUUUAAGGAUGCUGAUUCUUACACUGGGGAUAACACCACACCUGUUUCAAAGGAUUACGUGUGUGACUUGAAGCAGCCAUCUUCUGAUAUGAAGCGUAACCUUGAUGAUGUUUAUUUGAAUGAAGAGGGAUUGGGGUCGUCAGCGAGUAAGCCUCGCAUGUGUGUUGAGAAGAAUGUUGUUGACGAAGAUCUAAGCCACAAUUGA